AUGUUCGGGAGUGUGCUGCACCUGCCGUUCCUUGCGGUGAGUGCUGCCCCAGAUGCAACCUGUUCGGUUUUGGAAAAGCUGGAUGGUGUGCAGUGCUAUGGGCUCGAGAAGGACGACAUGCCGGACGCAGAGGCUUGUAUGGAAGCUUGCUGCCGCGACACAUCUUGCGAGGUCUGGCAGUUCAAUCCGAUGUUUGCUUGCUACCGCGGAAAGUCUAGCGUUUGCAUGAGAAGUGGAGACUCCUUUGCCAGUGGCAGCGUUGGUGAGCGGCUGCGUGGCUCAGCAUUUGCUGGAAAUGGUAUCCACUGGUUUGGCCGCCAACAAAACUAUGCAGAACUGGUGGAUUUGGAUCCUGAAGCCUUUGGACCUCGGGAGCUGGUCAUUCAAGGCUUAGACGGUGAAAGCUACCGCCUUUGGCGAAACGGUGCCAGACUUGAGGUGGAUAUCUCAUGCUGGUCGAACAGUCGGCACCCACAAGGGUGCUGCGAUUGGCCACGAACACCUACACCUCCUCGUCCAUGUUGGGGAGAUGCAGGCAUGGCAGAGCACUGCUGCAAGGAUGGCGUUUCAGCUGACCGGAAGUUUUUGUACAACGUGUACACACGCACCACACCUUUCUUGUCUCAUGCGGAGCUGGCAUACUUUGAGCGGCUUUUGCCAGAAGAGAAGAUCAAUGAGGCAAACUUCAAUGCAAGCAGGACCCGUUGGGCUUCAGGUUGGCAUCCUCCAGAUCUCUUGUGCCCUUCGGCAUCCAUGGCCAUAGAUGGCCAAAGGGCCACAGUGGAUGCGUCCACCGUGCUGUGGCCCUUGGCGGUCCUCCUAGCGGCCCAUAUGCAGAUCACAGGGACCUUCGUCAACAUCGGAGCUGGCACCUGCUUGCCUCCAGAUCCUUUGUAUCAGCUCUUGGCGUCUCCUGAAGGGUAUGGCUUCUUGGGGCUCGCUGUGGAGGGGGAUGCUACUAGGCUUAAGAGGUGUGAGGUUGAGAUGGCCAGUACUUUCGCCACCGUUGUGCCUGUGCACCUGACCCUGAACCCAAUAGAUGCAGUUCAUCAACUGCUCCCUUUCCUGGGUGCAAUGUUUCCAGAGGCUUUGCCACCAUGGCCCCUGGACUUUUUGGUGGUGGACAUUGAUGGUGUGGAUUGCUUGGUGGUCGAGGAGCUGAUGCAGCUGGUGCGACCCAAGGUGAUGCAGCUGGAGAUCGCCUUCCACUUCCCACCUCCAUUUCGCUUUUCAAUGCAUUGGGAUUCUGAGAAGUCACCCCGGUGGAACGAUGAGUAUGACAUUGACAGACUGAACCCUGUCUCUGGCUGCUCUUUGAGCUAUGCACUACAUAAAUUCAAGCCUUUCGGCUACCAUUUGCUGCGGUUGACGCCGGCCGAUGCAAUCUUCGUCCAUGAGUCUGUUGCGCCAAUUAUGGAAUCAGGCUUGGGCACCAAGCUGCCACAAGACGAAUUCUUAUGCUACCGGAGCAGCACCUUGUAUGCGCAGAUGCCAGGGAAUUAUGUUCGCGAGUGGUUCUAUGCUCCGCACCCAGCAACUGCCUUUAGCCGAAUAUGGUCAAACAUCUCCUCACUGAACAAGGAGAUCGGCCGGGAGGAUGUUCCAUUUACCUUGGAUUUCUAG